CGGUGAGAACGGUUGCAGCGUAGUAACGUUCGUUCUGAUGCUGUGGAAAUGUUAACACUCUGUUAGUACGUUCGCGUAAUGUUUUAUGUUAAUUUGCAUGAAUUUUAGUGAUUUAAAAGAGAAGUUCUUUGGAAUUUUGAGUGAGGUGGAAUAGCUUGUUGUGUUUGUAUAGAAAUAUCGGUCUUGAUCAUACGAGGCGGCCUAAAUAAGAGAAUCUUCAUGGAAGCAAGUGACAAAUAAGGUGUCCACUUAUGCUGAGUUAUAAAACAAAUUGUACAAAUCUUCGGACGUCAAUAGAAUCUGCAAAAUAUAAUGGCAGAAGAAAAAAAGAAGGAUUCAAGUGCGUUAUUGGCUAAGAAGAAAAAAGUUAAACCAAGAAAAUCGAGAGACGCAGACUGUUGUAGCGUCAACUUCCUUAAAUGUGUUCUACAUAUAUUCAACGUUAUAUUUUUGUUUGCAGGAGCCGGCGUUCUUCUAGUUGGCGCUUGGACAGUUUCUUCUAGACAUAGAUUCGUGUCUCUCCUACCGACGCCCACGUAUCCCGCGAUAGCAUACCUUCUUAUAAUCGCUGGUGCUUUAGGUGUGCCGCUUUGCGCCCUCGGCUGCUGCGGUCUCAAGACUGAAAACAGAACCAGUUUAUUGUGUUACACAUAUUUCCUGCUGAUCACGUUUAUCCUGGAGGCGGGAGCUGGCGGCCUCGCGUACUACUACGAGGUGGCCGUCGAGGACGAACUCAGGGCGGAGCUCAACACCACUUUCAUAAAUAAUUACGCGCUGGAUACCAUCGUCACUAACGCUGUUGACAGCAUGCAGACAGAGUUCAAGUGCUGCGGCGCGCUGCGCUACUCGGACUGGCGGCGCAGCGCGUGGCACGAGCACGACCCGCGCCUGCUCGUGCCCGACUCGUGCUGCCGGAGCGUGCGCGCGCGCUGCGGCGCCCGCGACCACCCCUCCAACAUCUACUACGACGGAUGCAUGCUCCAGUUUACAAACCACAUACGAGACAACCUAAUCAUAUUAGCAGCUGUAGGCGUUGGUAUGUCUGUGAUACCUAUAUUCGGGUUUUUCUUCUCAUGCGUGCUCUAUGUCAAGAUAAAACACGUGAUCGACUGACCCCGGCCUAACCCUGCGCCUCCUAAUAAGUGCAAGGUUUUCGACAAGUCGGCUUCUGCUGGUGAUUUAGCCAAGGCACCAAUGGCGAGGCAACCGCAGAGACCUCCAAAGAUCGCAAAAAGAACUCAAGUUAAAAGGACAGUUAAACGUGCGCCUUGUCCUUUACAUUCUAACCCCGACAAAGAGGAAAAAAUUCCAAUAUCGACAAUCAGCGAUAAUGUCAGCAUUUAAGCUGAAAAUCCGUUGUAAUUAAUUUAAUUUUGGAAUCGCAUAUAUAUAAACACAUAUUUUAUUAUAAUUUGCACAAAUCAAAGUGUUAAUUGCUGUAAAAGUUUAUUAUUUUGUUUUUAAUAUUAGAUACAAGUUGAAGAAAAUAAUUGUUAUAUUUUUUUUAUCUGUAAUUUUUAAAUUACGGCUACGUUACUUAUUCGUUACAAUUACCUGUUUCUACUAAAUAAAUCUCCUUGAAGUUUGUAACAUUAAUUAAGAUGGAAAAUUUAUAGAAAAUUAUAAAAGAUCUGCAUAGAAUCUCCACAUGAUAUUCAAUAUGUAGAUAAACCUGUAUGUGUGUUCAUCAGUGCUACACUGUCUUAGAAUUAAAAAAAAAAAGUUCGUAUCUAGUGUGUAGUUUUAGACACCAAGACCGAAUUUAUAUUAUUGUGUUAAGCGUGCAAUUUGUAAAGUUAUUUUAAACGUGAUAUAAAUUAUAAUAUAUAAAAAUAAAUAUUAUAUUUCUAAAACAAAUUACAUGUUAUAAUAAUACGAUCAUUGUUUACUUUUUUUAAAUCUUUGCCUAUUUUGAGAUAUGAGUUUGCGAAAAAAACCUAUGAAAAAUGAAGUAAUUUAUCACUUAUAAGCUAUUUAUUUAUAUAUUUUUCACGUCAUCUGUAUCACGUUGUUUUAAAAAUAAAGGUGCUAUAUUUGUUUUUUAAACUUAAGUCGUUAUUUAUGUAAAACUAAAUUACAUCGAAAUAUAUAUACAAAAAAUAAUAAAACAAAUACAAUGAUAUAUAAAGAACAAAGAUUAGAAUCAGAAUUUAAUGAUAACAAUAUCUUUGUUUCACUGCAUUUUGUAUUUGUCGCGUUUUUUUUUUUGUAAUUUAAUUUAAAAACCGAACACAACAUGUUUUGUAACAUAUUUUUUCUGGAAUGAAAUAUCUGCGUUCAUGAAUAUCAUUUCAUAACACGUUUUGAAAUGCAAUUAAGAUUUUGUCUUAUAUAAAUUCUUUUGACCAUGACAUAUGAUGUCACGCUUUUUUUAUUUGGCCAUGGAAUGGAAUUUUGUUUCUGCACCAAUUAUUUAUUGUUGCCUAUUUUCCUUUAACUUAAAAAUGUCUGUAUUUUUUUAAUGAACUAAGAAAUUAUAUAAUUUUUCAUUGUUGCAGUAAUUAAGAAAUAACCGUCAGGGUAAUAAAGAGCAGGACACCCCAUAUGUGACGCAUGACGCACUUACGGGUGUCUUGCGAACGUCAUAGUGACGCUGCGCAUAUAAAUACCAAUAUUAUACUAUAAAUAAAAUAUUUAGUCCAAAAGAACAAAAUAACAAUUUUCAUGUAAAAUUAAAGUAUAAUUGAAGGAAGAACUUCUCUUUGAAAUGGUAUUGAUAAAAGUCGCGACACACUCACGUAAUCAUACGUUUUACUACCCUGCGGUCAGCGAGUCUCUAAUUCUACUAUAGCCUUUCGUUCUCUCGUCUCUGCACAGACAAUAUUUGUCUGGCCGUGAUUCUGGUUCAUUUAUUAAAAGUAAAUAGAAAUUGAAGUUAAACUAAUAUAUUUUUAAACGUAGGUAUACACUUACUAACAUUACUGUACAAUGAAUUACGUUCGUCUUUAACUGUCAAAAAAAAAUACGUCACAAAACGUCUCUUUGAUGAUCGUAUUUCAUGUGAUAAGCAAAAUUAUUAAACUAUUGUAAUAAAAGUUACAAAGAGUUUAUUUAAGUAUAUUACACAUACAUUACAUCUACCACAAAUAAAUGAACACUUAUUUAUUUUAGACCAUCGAGCGACAUUUUUAUAUCACUUAAAUUGCUAAUAAGUAUUCGCGAAAAAAUGUUGUUCUUCUUUUAACAACUUCGUCAAUUAUUGUUACAAUAUCUUAAUUAAAAAAAAAACCUUACUUCUUCUAAAUUGCUUAGCAAUUUUGUAUAACUAUUAAAUAAUCCAUUUCAAAUAAUAGACAAAAUAUAAGUUAAAGCUGUAAAUAACUAGAGAAACAUAUAAAUUGUAAAUGCGUGUUAUUGUGGUGGUUUUACUUAUAAACGUUACAUGAAAGUCUAUUUCAUAUGUUUUUAUUACUACAGUGACGUGUUGUAGGUUAUAUUUCAUUUUUUUUUAUAUAGAAUAGGAAGGUGGACGAGCAUAUGGGCCACCUGAUGGUAAGUGGUCACCAAACGCCCUUAGACAUUGGCAUUGUAAGAAAUGUCAACCAUCGCUUAUAGCCAAUGCGCCAGCAACCUUGGGAACUAAGAUUUUAUGUCCCUUGUGCCUGUAAUUACACUGGCUCACUCACCCUUCAAACCAGAACACAACAAUAUCAAGUACUGCUGUUUUGCGGUAGAAUAUCUGAUGAGUGGGUGGUACCUACCCAGAUGAGCUUGCACAAAGCCCUACCACCAGUAAAAUUAAACUACCACCAAUUAAAAUCAAACCCCUGUAAUAUUGUGAAAUAUUGUAACCCUUAAGUUAUUCUCCAAAAUUUACGAAUCUCAACUUCGCUUUAGUAUGCUUAAAUCGAUAACCAAGAUUAUAUGUAGGUCAUACGUUUUUAUAGCGUACACUGCGUAUUACAUAAAUGUGCUUAAAACAAUUAUUUAUUAUAGAUUAAAAAAGAAAAUUUAUGUAACUAGUGUUAAAGAUAUCAUUAUGUAAAAUAUAAUCGGAUAAGUCACUAAAACUAUUGUAAUAUUAUAACCAAAGCUAAUGUGUGCCUUACUAAUUUAUAAGAAUAAAGUUAAUUAAAUCUAUUCAAACGCAA